AUAAAUUAUUCGGAUAGUGCUUGUAUUAAAUAAUUUUCCAUACAACUUUCAAAGGCUAUUUUUAUGUUAAAAACCUCUUAAAGGGUCUUGUUCGGGUUAAAGGUCAAUCGAGGCGACAGAGAACAAACUAGAAGCUCUGACAUAAUUUUCACACACACACCGUCGCACGUGCCCGCGCACGCCUGUUUGUGUUUUUUUCCACGUGAACGUGCCCGCGCGCGACCAACGAGCCCGUUGCGGAAGUGACGGCAAGGCGGCGAUGGCGGCUCGCAGAUUCAUUCCGGAUUUCAACUGGACUACAAACUGAUUCUACCCGGACUGGUCGGACUUUUAAGGAACUUUUGCACACUCGCACCCCCCUCCGGUGCUGGCCAGGUCGAAGCCGCGUUGAGCCGGUGCCUGUCAGCGGACGUCCGCGCAGUUUUUCGGGAGUAUUUUUGUCCAGGGUUCAAGGUGGUCACCCUGUCGAGCUAGCUGUAGCCUAGUAGCUAGCAAGCUAGCGGCGGCUCGUAUACGACUCCGAAAGACUGUCAAGAAGCUACGUGCUAAGGUCCAGGCAGCGGCGGCUUUUCUUUUGAACCCCUCCAAGUUGGCCCGUUUGGGUUACAAUGCGAGUGCUAAACGUUCCGUGCUAACCGAGCCACAACCGUGCAGAGCAAGGAACUCACACGUUUGCUUUGGCCUCUUUCUUGACACAUAUUUUUUGUUGAAUUAGCUAGUUUGGCGGCUGUCGCUAAAGGGAAACGCUGCUAGCUUAGUCACUUCUUCUGUGCACAGAGAAAACAACUCUUGUCCAGGGCGCUUUUGUUUUCUUUUUAAUCAACUGGAAAUCGACCUGCCGUGGGGGUCUGUGCGUGCUCAUCAACAUGCUGAAGACCCGGCAAUGUCUCCUCGGCAUCCGCACUUUCCUCAGUGUUACGUCCAGAAUAUGGGGCUUCAUCAUGUAUAUCCUCAGGAAGCACCUACGAACGAUAAUCCAGUAUCAGACGGUGCGAUACGACACUUUGCCUCUGUCCCCCAUCUCCAGAAACAGACUCAAUGCAGUAAAAAGGAAGAUUCUGGUUCUGGACCUGGACGAGACGCUGAUCCACUCUCACCAUGAUGGAGUUCUAAGGCCUACAGUGAGGCCCGGCACACCUCCAGACUUUAUCCUCAAAGUUGUCAUCGAUAAACAUCCAGUCAGAUUCUUUGUACAUAAAAGGCCACACGUUGACUUCUUUUUAGAAGUGGUGAGCCAGUGGUAUGAGCUGGUGGUUUUCACAGCCAGUAUGGAGAUCUACGGUUCAGCUGUCGCAGACAAGCUGGACAACAACAGGAACAUCCUAAAACGUAGAUACUACAGACAGCACUGUACGCUGGACUUAGGUAGUUAUAUUAAAGACCUGUCUGUAGUACACGAUGACCUGUCCAGUAUUGUAAUCCUGGACAACUCGCCUGGUGCUUAUCGAAGCCAUCCAGACAAUGCAAUUCCCAUCAAGUCCUGGUUUAGUGACCCUAGUGACACAGCACUUCUUAAUUUGUUGCCUAUGCUGGACGCACUAAGGUUCACCGCUGAUGUCCGCUCCGUCCUCAGUCGAAACCUCCACCAGCACCGGCUUUGGUGAUUGGCUGAGCUCAGAGGGAACUGGUCCCGUCGACCAGCGUCUUCCUCUCUGCUGGCCUCCGACCCGCCCUCCACCCCCACCCAGGUGACCCACCCGUCCGCUCUGAGCCUCUCAGAAGUGACAUUAGGGUGAUGGCCUCACUCGGGACGAACAGUACGGGAUCCAGAAGAAUAAAGAAAUAAACUACUGGGUUGGGAGGGGGGAGCCAGCUUUUUUUUUUUUUUUUUCCUCUUCUUGAAUCUUUAUUUGUAUUUUUUUCUUUUUCAAAAACAAAUGGAGUCUCUGCCUUAUCGCUCCUGAUACUGACUGUGCGUAUGGAGGUGAGCCUGUUUCUGUGAGUCGGAGCACGCCUGCUGGGUUCCUUCAACUUUUUUGACAUUUUUGAGGACUGACGGGGCAGACGGAGGAUCAUCAGAGCAACAUGGACAAUUCAUCCGAAAUUCUUCCUCCUCUAUCGUCAACAGACCCAUCCGACAGAGGAAAUGGAAAACUGCUCCUUUAUUCAAUCAUUUUUACUUCAGCACUGAUUGGUACUAUUUUCUCCCAUCAAGUUUGGAUCGAUUUGAAAAUCUUUACUUUCAAGAAACAUAUUUUUAAGGACAUUUUUCCCCUAAAUGCCUUUUUUUUUCUUCCUGAUGAAGACUUUAAAGUUGUGAGAGACAAACAAAAUAAAAAUAAAAAUACGAGUGGCUUGUAACGGUACGUGGACUGCCGUGCCGCCUUUCCAUAUCUGAUUGUUUCUAUUUCCAUGAUAUAUAAUAGAUUGAAUUCUGCACAUUAUGCUCUCCUCCUUUGUCAUUUGAUGCCAUCCUGGUUUGUUAUCAUAGGAAUUGCACUUAAUCCACAUUUUAAUUUGUGUUGCAGUUUGCUAUUUGAUUUAAAUUCAACAUCUUCCCAUUUAUUUUUUUUUUAACCCAAUCUCUUCUCAACUAUAUGGGUUCAAUCCUGUAUCUUUAAAUGCCUUCUGAACAAUGUCGGUCUCAUCAAGGCUCACAGCAGAUUCUUAUCAGCUCUGUCUCCAUGUCUGUGUUACUAAUAAAACACUUGUCAGUAUCGACCUU